AUGACCUAUCUAUUUUACCACGGGCUUAAUUCUAGCGUUAGCAUCCGUUCUUCUUCUGCUGCGAUUACGCAUAAACCCGGGGCAGAAACUCUUGAAGUUAUUCAGCUAAUGGCUCAGGCUACUCACAAGGAGGAGAAGGCCAUCGGGCCCUACCAUGAGGAUACUCUGCAGUCUCUCCACAUGUUAAUCGAAUGGUAUACAGACGCUGUUGGAUAUCGAGGCGCAAGAGGAUAA